AUGAACGAACUCACGCGCGCACUUGACACGGUCCAACAGCUCGUUCGUAGCUUCGACGUGUGUGCUCCAGCAGCGAGCGGCUCGGGCGGCGGCGCCGUCUUGAGCGCCGACGUCGAGGACGAGAGCGCGCGGCACAAAUCACCCUUGGCACAGAUCUUUUCCGUCUUGAGCGCCGACGUCGAGGACGAGAGCGCGCGGCACAAAUCACCCUUGGCACAGAUCUUUUCGACGUUGAUCGGGAGAUCUGCCAUGGACGUCGAAGAAACUGCGUCCUCGAUCACUUUUACCGCCGAUGUUCCGGGAAUCGAUGUCGAGAAGAAUCUCAGCAUCGAAGUCAACGUGCCGACGAAUGUGCUAACGAUUCGAGGCGAACGCGUCGAGGACGCGGGAUCGGACGUGGGAUCGGACGUGCACAAGCACAAGAGAGAGCGCCACUUCGGAAGCUUCAUGAACAAAUUCACUUUACCACCGCACGCUAUCGUCGAAGAAAUCAGCGCAAACGUGAAAAAUGGUGUGCUCAAGAUUGUCGUUCCGAAGGCAUCGGCGGCGGCGCAGACCGUGAAACGAAUUCCAGUCGACGUCGCGUGAGUUUGCGUGCUACAGUUUUGUUUUACAAGUGGUCUCGCGCGUCUUUUAAAGCUUUGAAAUGAAUCUUUUAGAAUGCUACCAAGCCUGGAAUUUUAUCUGCGUUUGCGAAAAUGAAACUCGCCACCGUGCACGUGAUGAUGACGCCGCUUACGUCCAUUAUCACCUGCACGCUCGUCCCGGCGUUGGCGGGGUCUUGCCCUAAUUUCACCAGUGCGAACGGGAGAAUCGUACCAACGCAUGUGGACGUGGUGACUAUCGCAAAUAAAGCAGUGGCGAUAGCGAACGGUCCGACCAAAUCGUCCGAGCCUUGCGGCGACGUGAGCAACACGCGCACGAAACCCGCGGACGACAACGCGGUGGCGAGCAAUAAACCGACUUGAAACUGCUCGGCGAGCGUUUUACGCAUGCACUCUUCGGUGUUCUCCAUCUCUCCAGUGGCCAGUCCUCGAAUGACGUGGAUAGCGCUUUGGUUUCCCGCGUUUCCGCCGGCGCCGACGAGCAUGGUCAAAAACAACGUGACGAUGAUAUUCUCCUUGAUGAGAUCCUCGUAUCGCGCC